AUGUUCAAGGUACUUUGCUUGUUCGCGAUCAUCGCCGUGGUUGCUGCAGGAGUCAGCGAUCCGAGGAUCUCCGGUCCCCGCCCGGCCCCAGGACCUCUUGGAAGGAUCGUCAAGCGUGAAGCAGUGGAAUCGAAAGAUGCCCCCGAAUCGGCUCUAGAGGAGCAGGACGAUAUGGAUAAGGCGGAGACGUUUGGAUUUGGUUACCACAAAUCGAUCCAUGUGUACCCGAGCUACGGAUAUGGUUACGGAUAUGGUUAUCCGUUUUACGGUCACGGAUACGGCUAUGGAUAUGGUUAUCCGGGAUACGGUCACGGAUACUACGGUGGCUACUAUUAA